AUGGGCGGCCACUUGGUACUCGACGUCGUGCACAAGGCCGUGGUCACGGGCCUCCUCGGCGCGACGGCCUUUGGCCUCUACGACAUCACGCGCGGCUUCAACGUCAUGUACACGCGCAACGUCAUGCGGCAGAAGGAAUGGGAGGCGCAGCAGGCGCUCGCCCAGGCUCAGAACCAGCCCGCGGCCAACUAG